CUCGCGCCCUCGCCGCUCCCGCCCCUCGCUUCCCUCCGCCCGCUCGGGCCGAGGGGCCGGCCCGCCCUCGGCCGCGCGGCGGGCGCGGCCCGCGGGGGAGGGGUUUGGGCGCCAUGGUGCGGCGCGACGGGAGCACGGAGUUCUGGUGCCUGAUCUUCGAGUCCCUCACGCUGCAGGACGCGGCGCAGGUGGCCGUGGGCCGCCGACUCUCGUGCCGACUGAGCGCCGCCGGCCACGGCGUGAGCAGGGCUUCGCCGCCCCUGCGUGCCGGGGCGCCCGGGGAGCCCGUGGGCCUCAGCUGGUGCGUGUUCCCGCUCGUGGACGUCAGCGCGGACGUCCUCCUGAGGAUCACCGUGGACGACGAGGACGGGUCGGAGCUCGGUGCGCACGAGG